AUGAACUCCCUCCGCCUCGCGCGCGUGGCUCUCCGAGCUCGCCCUGCUGCCUUCCGCGCUCCCCUCCAGCGCCGAACCUACGCGGACGCCGUCCCGGACAAGGCAAGCACCGCUGCAUCAUCCGAACAUUCUAUCUACAAGUCCCAGGAUGUCGUUCAGGUCAACAUCCCCGCCGACUCCGGCGAGAUGGGUGUCCUCGCCAACCACGUUCCCUCCAUUGAGCAGCUGAAGCCUGGUCUGGUUGAGGUUGUUGAGGAGAGCGGCCCCAGCAAGCAGUUCUUCCUGUCCGGUGGCUUCGCCGUUGUCCAGCCCAACUCCGUCCUCAGCAUCAACGCCACUGAGGGCUACCCCAUUGAGGACUUCAGCGCUGAGGCUGUCAAGUCCCAGAUCGCCGAGGCCCAGAAGGUUGCGAACGGCAACGGUAGCGAGCAGGAUAUUGCCGAGGCCAAGAUCGAGUUGGAGUCAACUCGGCUCGGCGUCACCAUAUACCAAUCUGAAGGAGAUGACGUCCCUGAAGGCCUCGUCUCGCAGAGACGCCUCAAGUUUGCAAAGCCGCUACCUCCUCGCUUGAUCAAGCGGAGGUUGACGCCACCAGACCCCAGGGAACGCGAGAGUACUCACUUUGGCUGGGGCCAACGAGGCGAUACAAUAUUUGCAAAGCCCGCGACUCGCAAUACACUGGUUGAGGAGUCUCGAAUCCCAUCUCAAGAUCACUCUUUUCUUGGCAAGGGACCCGAGAGCAAGGCUUGGGGCCAACCAAGGGUUGUUAGAAAGCCGUUGUUGCGACCUCAGCAAUCCGUCACCCUUGCACCUCACCGCGUGAACAAACCGGAUGCUUCACAGCCCCGUCAGACCGCGUCAACAGGCCACCUUCGAGCUGAAGUAACCUACGAGGCAUUCUGUGCUACCUGUGGGCACUCAGUUUGCCCGCAAUGUGCAGGUGAAAUUCCCGACGAAGAAGAUCCUCCACGCACUGAGAGUAUGGAGCGUACUACUAUGGCCAGUGAGCAACAGAAGUUCAAUCGGGCGGAAGAAUACUCUCCCUGUCUCCUCCACCAGGAGGCCACAGAAUCAUCCGAAUCCAAUCAGAAAGCCGCUACAGCUCUCAAGAAUAACCCCUUUAUCGUCGCAGACAAGAUAACAAGAAUUGCUGUUGUCGAGCAUCAAGUAACUGACUCCACCGUCAGUGAACGAGAUCCCGCGAGAUUUUCCGAUUGCAUCCCAAAACAAAUCGAUCUGUCCGCAUCUAUAGGGACGCAUGAAGGUUGCAGAAGCUCCAAAUUCGAUGACACACAUAUCGGGCACCACGCAGGGCGUCACGGUAUUUCAUGUCUUGUUAGCCAGCAUGCAGCUGCAAAAAACACCGUCGAUUCGCGUGAUGUGCGGUCUGAUUCUCCUCUGGAGAAUCCGACUCAGGACAAAGUUGACCAGUUAUAUCACCACGCCGAGGACCUACAGCGGGCUAAGCACAUCAUGAAAUAUCUUGCCGCAAGCUCUACUGUGACUGAGGAAUGCAGCCCAGACCAAGUCACGGAGUCAAGAAGGGUCCCUUCAGCACCUGCGGAAGAGAUGUUAGCUAGCGCAGACGCCUGCAAGUCUCACAGCAAGAAGCUGGCGAGUUUUGAUGCCGCAAUAGCUUCCAAGGCGAAGAGCAUCGAGAUACACCGGCAUAGUAAGUGGGAGAGAUCUCAGUCUUUCGAUAUCGACCCGGUAAAGAGGAGGGGCCUGGACCCAGCUUCUGAAAGCCCAAACAUGAAGCUUUCUAGCCCUCCUGAAUGGUUAAAUGUCAAAAGAAAACCAGACUGCGCCGUACAGAAACCAGAUGUCGUCGAACCAACCGGCAUUUUCCAAGUCAAGUCACCAAGUGAGAGCCCGAUGACGAGGGAACCAUUAAUCGAGUGGCCAAAGCUGAAGAAAGUGACCAAAGAAACCGUUGUAUUGGCCGAGAAGGCUCCGUUGCCUUGGAUGCAAAGACCAUUGCGCCGAGUUCAGAAAGGGGAAAACGUGUCGCAACAAAUCAGCACGCAGAAGUCGGCCGAGGUCGAUUUAUGGAGAUCGCAGCUUCGGAGGGUCUCAACUCUUGGCCCAGAUUCGACGGAGAAUGGCCACGGCAAGAAUUCACACUAUGACCAUCGAAAAAUUACUGAAGCUUGCAUAUCAUGUCGUCAUGAUACACCUACUCCGCCGCCAUCUCCAUUUUCCAUUGAAGAAAUUCAUGUGGCGGCGGAGGCACAAGAAGGCGUAUUCGCAAACGCUCUUGAGUUGAAUAGCGUCGAGGAAAAUCGACCACUGACUUCUCGCGACACAAGCCUGAGAACACCUGUAAACACGCAGGUCAAACCAGAGUCUGCUACUUGCGACUCGCAAACAGUGGGAGCAACCCGCUCUGUCUCUAACUUAGAUAUGGACUCAGACACCAGCGCGGGUGCAAGACGUGUUGUGGAAGAGGUGAUUCGUGAUUCAAGCGAUGCUGAGGUCUUCAGCCCAAUGCCAAUUAUGAUCUCCAGCCAUACAUGCUCCUAG